AGGCGGCCGAGCAGGGCGGCGGCGACUCUCUCGGCAGGAAGCCCAGCAAGGACAGCAGCUGUGCUAUUGUCUGGAGCAGGAUUGGAGUUCUUCUGGGAGCCAGGGCUGAUAGCACGACAGAUUAACUGGUUCCCGGCUGUCCCAGAUGGAGUAAGGCAGCGUCAGAAUGUCUGAAUGAAAUGAAAUUUGGGCCCUCCUUGAAGUGUCAGAAAACAGAGUUUUCUGGGAAGUGAGAGAGCACUCCCUUAAGGACAGAGACUCUCUCGGGGAACACAGAUCCGCUCUGGAAAGCCACGUGCUGUGGUAUCACAGCUGCUCCGCUGGGGUUCAUCUCUUCAGCCUGGAGUGUGAAACAGGAUCACAAGAGACAUUUCCAGGUUUGCUGGGAUGGGAAACCUGCUUAAAGUCCUGACCAGGGAAAUUGAGAACUAUCCACAUUUUUUCCUGGAUUUUGAAAAUGCCCAGCCCACAGAAGGAGAGAGAGAGAUAUGGAACCAGAUCAGUGCUGUCCUCCAGGAUUCUGAGAGCAUCCUUACAGACCUGCAGGCUUACAAAGGCGCCGGGCCCGAGAUCAGAGACGCAAUUCAAAAUCCCAACGACAUUCAGCUUCAAGAGAAAGCAUGGAAUGCAGUAUGUCCUCUGGUUGUGAGGCUAAAGAGGUUUUACGAGUUUUCCAUACGGCUAGAGAAAGCUCUUCAGAGUUUAUUGGAAUCUCUAACCUGUCCACCCUACACACCAACCCAGCACCUAGAACGGGAGCAGGCCCUGGCAAAGGAGUUUGCAGAGAUUCUGCAUUUUACCCUUCGAUUCGAUGAGCUGAAGAUGAGGAACCCAGCUAUUCAGAAUGACUUCAGCUACUACCGAAGAACAAUCAGUCGCAACCGCAUCAAUAACAUGCAUCUAGACAUUGAGAAUGAAGUUAAUAAUGAGAUGGCCAACCGGAUGUCCCUUUUCUAUGCCGAAGCCACACCAAUGCUGAAAACCCUUAGCAAUGCCACGAUGCACUUUGUCUCUGAAAACAAAACCCUGCCAAUAGAGAAUACCACAGACUGCCUCAGUACAAUGACGAGUGUCUGCAAAGUCAUGCUGGAAACUCCGGAGUACAGAAGCAGGUUCACGAGUGAAGAAACUCUGAUGUUCUGCAUGAGGGUGAUGGUGGGGGUCAUCAUUCUCUAUGACCAUGUGCACCCCGUGGGGGCAUUCUGCAAGACAUCCAAGAUUGACAUGAAAGGCUGCAUAAAGGUAUUGAAGGAACAGGCUCCGGACAGUGUGGAAGGGUUGCUGAAUGCCCUCAGGUUCACUACAAAGCACUUGAACGAUGAGUCGACUUCCAAACAGAUUCGAGCAAUGCUUCAGUAGAGCCCCGCUCCAAAAAGAGGAUCUAUGUGCUGACCUCAGAAGAUGUAUAUGUUUACAUAAUUUAAUACAGAUUGAUGUUAAUACUUGUGUAUUUACAUAACCAUUUCCUUCUUGUCACUGAAAUAUAUGGACCUUAAUUUGUAUCCUCACUGACUCAACCCAGCAGAGCAUAAAUUGACUUGAGAGUCUUACCUUUGAUGUCUGAAAUGAGUCCCCUUCCCCCACCCCCUCAAACCCUUUUCUCCAAAGGCCAAAUUUGGAGACUUUGAUCUUGGCUACUGGAGUUCCUUUAACAACACCUGUAACAAUCAGAAAUUCAUAAUCGUU